AUAAAAUGACGUGGACUGUAGUGUGCGCCAAUGCCAACGGAGGGGGGCGUCUCCAAAUAUUUUGUUACAAACACGAAUCCGGAGUAAGGAGUCUUUUUCCUGGGUCUCUCAGCUCUCACGAGUAUGAGUUCAUAAUGAAGCGGCGACUGGAGGAUCAGGAAACGGUUUUUGCGUCCCAGCAGCGGCGCCUCCCUGGCAACGCGGAGGCUUUCCAGCAUCGUGUCCUGGCCCCUGCUCCAGCCCCAGCUGUGUAUGAGGCCGUGACUGACAACAUGCAGCCCACAGCAGGCGUCCAGUACUCCGUCCCCCAGGGAUACCAGUCUCUGCUUUCCCAGGUUCCCACUGUGGCCCAGAACAGUGGAGGGCAUGGACACACCCCGAGCCCAGCAGUCCAUGGGGGGUCCCACCACCACAGCCCUGCAGUCCAGUCCCACGGUCCCGCGGUGAUGUCGGGGCACGGCCACACGGCUGCUCCUCAAGCCUCCGCGCAGGGCCAGCAGCAGUUCCAGAGGCUCAAGGUGGAAGAUGCCUUGUCUUACUUGGACCAAGUCAAACUGCAGUUUGGCAACCAGCCUCAGGUCUACAAUGACUUUCUGGACAUAAUGAAAGAGUUCAAGUCUCAAAGUAUCGACACCCCCGGGGUCAUCAGCAGAGUGUCGCAGCUUUUUAAAGGCCACCCGGACCUCAUAAUGGGCUUCAACACCUUCCUGCCACCUGGCUACAAGAUCGAGGUCCAGACCAAUGACCUGGUCAAUGUAACAACGCCGGGUCAGAUCCACCACAUCACCCCACAUGGCAUUUCAGUCCAGAACAUCCCCAUAACAGGAGCACCUACCCAACACCAACCCCAGCUCCCGCCCACUGCAACCACCAGCGCUCCGCCCCUCCUGACGCAGCCCACCCCUGCCAAGAUGAGCAAGCCUCUUCAGCCCCAGGCGUUGACACCAAGCAGUCAGAGCAAUCCGUCCAUCCCUGCAUACACCUCUCCCCGCUCCCCGCCCAUGCAGCUCCACCCGCCGCUCAGUGGGACCCCCACCGGUCCACCCAUGCAGAACAACCAGCCAGUGGAGUUCAACCACGCCAUCAACUACGUCAACAAGAUCAAGAACCGCUUCCAGGGCCAGCCCGACAUCUACAAAGCCUUCCUGGAGAUCCUCCACACGUACCAGAAGGAGCAGCGUAAUGCUAAGGAGGCAGGAGGGAACUACACCCCGGCUCUGACGGAGCAGGAGGUCUACGCUCAGGUGGCCAGACUCUUCAAAAACCAAGAGGAUCUUCUUUCAGAGUUUGGGCAAUUUCUCCCCGAUGCCAACAGUUCAGUGCUAUUGAAUAAGACAACAGCUGAAAAGGCAGAGUCUGUACGGAAUGAUCACGGUGGAACCGCCAAAAAGCUGCAGCUCAACAACAAACAGAGGCCCAAUCAGAACGGCUGCCAGAUCCGUCGGCAUCCAGCUCCAGGCAGCACACCCCCCGUGAAGAAGAAGCCCAAGUUAUUGAAUUUGAAAGAUCCGUCGGUGGCAGAGGCCAGCAAGCAUGGAGUCGGAACAGAGUCUUUGUUCUUUGAGAAAGUGCGUAAAGCCUUGCGAAGUGCAGAGGCCUACGACAACUUCUUGCGAUGUCUGGUCAUCUUCAAUCAGGAGGUGAUCUCCAGGGCUGAGCUGGUGCAACUGGUGCUGCCCUUUUUAGGAAAAUUCCCUGAGCUGUUCAACUGGUUUAAAAACUUCCUGGGAUAUCGGGAAAUGUCCCACAUCGAAACGUACCCUAAGGAACGGGCCACGGAGGGUAUCGCCAUGGAGAUUGAUUAUGCUUCCUGUAAGAGGCUAGGCUCCAGUUACAGAGCACUGCCCAAAAGCUACCAGCAGCCCAAAUGCACCGGCAGAACUCCACUUUGUAAAGAGGUCUUAAAUGACACCUGGGUCUCCUUCCCCUCGUGGUCAGAAGACUCCACUUUUGUCAGCUCCAAGAAAACCCAGUACGAAGAGCACAUCUACAGAUGUGAGGAUGAACGCUUUGAGCUGGACGUUGUGCUGGAAACCAACCUGGCUACCAUCAGAGUCCUGGAGACGGUACAGCGGAAGUUGUCCCGCAUGUCUGCAGAGGAGCAGGCCAAGUUCCGCUUGGACAGCACGCUGGGCGGCUCCUCGGAGGUCGUGCACCGAAAGGCCAUCCAGAGGAUAUACGGAGACAAAGCACCCGACAUCAUCGAUGGUCUGAAGAAAAAUCCUGCUGCUUCUGUCCCCAUUGUGCUAAAGAGGUUAAAGACCAAGGAGGAGGAGUGGCGGGAAGCCCAACGAGGCUUCAACAAGAUCUGGAGGGAGCAGAACGAGAAGUAUUACCUCAAGUCUCUCGACCAUCAAGGCAUCAACUUCAAACAGAACGACACCAAAGUGCUUCGAUCCAAGUCCCUGCUGAAUGAAAUCGAAAGUAUCUACGAUGAGCGCCAGGAGCAGGCGUCGGAGGAGAACGCCACCCCGCCAACGGGCCCCCACCUGACUCUGGCGUACGAGGACAGCCAGAUCCUGGAGGACGCGGCGGCGCUCAUCAUCCACCACGUCAAGCGCCAGACCAGCAUUCAGAAGGAGGACAAAUACAAGAUCAAACAGAUCAUCUACCAUUUCAUCCCAGACAUGCUGUUCGCUCAGCGCGGCGAGCUCUCUGACGUAGAGGAGGAGGAGGAGGAAGAGGAGAUGGAUCUGGAAGAAGGCGCCUCCAAAAAGCACAACGGCGUCCCCGGCAGCGGGAGCCCCUCCAAGUCCAAGCUGCUGUUCAGCAACACGGCAGCACAAAAGCUACGCGGCUGCGACGACGCCUACAACCUCUUCUACGUCAACAACAACUGGUACAUCUUCCUGCGCCUGCACCAGACGUUGUGCUCGCGUCUGCUGCGGCUGUACGGGCAGGCGGAGCGGCAGAUCGAAGAGGAGGUCAGGGAACGAGACUGGGAGCGGGAAGUCCUGGGACUCAAGAAGGAGAAGAACGACAAUCCGGCCAUCCAGCUGAGAUUAAAGGAGCCCAUGGACAUCGAGGUGGAAGAUUACUACUCGGCCUUCUUGGAGAUGGUUCGGAAUCUCCUGGACGGAAAUAUGGAGGCUUCACAAUACGAGGACUCGCUGAGGGAAAUGUUCACCAUCCACGCUUACAUCGCCUUCACAAUGGAUAAGCUCAUCCAAAGCAUCGUCCGGCAGCUCCAGCACAUUGUUAGCGAUGAGAUCUGCAUCCAGGUAACGGACCUCUACCUGGCAGAAAGCACUAACGGCGCCAGCGGAGGAACCAUGUCCACGCAAUCAUCGAGGAGCUCCGCGGAGGCCGUCUACCAGCGGAAAGCCGAGCAGCUCAUGUCUGAUGAGAACUGCUUCAAGGUGAUGUUUCUGAGGAACAGAGGCCAGGUGCAGCUUACGGUGGAGCUGCUCGACACGGAAGAGGAGAACUCCGACGAGCCCAUGGAAGCCGAGCGCUGGUCUGAUUAUGUUGGACGCUACUUAAACCCAGAUUCCACCGCUCCAGAGCUGAGGGAGCAUCUUGCUCAGAAACCAGUUUUUCUUCCCAGGAAUCUGAGACGGAUCAGGAAGUACCAGAAAGGCAGGGAGCAGCUGGACAAAGAGGCCUGCGAGGGCGGCAAGAAAUCCCUGGAAAAGGAGAAAAUGGAGUGCAUGUUCAAGCUCAACUCCUACAAGAUGGUCUACGUCUUUAAGUCUGAGGAUUACAUGUACAGACGCACUGCCCUGAUGCGAGCUCACCAGUCACACGAGAGGGUGAGCACACGGCUGCACAAACGCUUUAACGCCUGGGUGGAGUCGUGGGCCAAGGAGCACGUCACCCGGGACAUGAACGCCGAGACCAACAAGUGGCUGAUGGGCGAAGGACGCGACGGCCUAUUACCCUGCACCACCAGCCGCCAGCCAGAGGUCCUUCACUUCAUGAACAUCAACAAGUACCGCGUCAAAUACGGCACACCCAGCAAGGCGCCGUAACUAACCAGAGCCAAGAGGAGAGACAAGGAGAGAGACUCAUUUCUUUGGGUGGUGUUUGGUCUGAAGUCAAACAGGUCAGGAGUAGAGGUAGGGACGAGGACUUAUUAACGUGUUUUUAAGGCCGACAUGGGAGCACAAUUAAGCUAGCUACCGUGUAUGUUGCACCCCGGGGCGGCAGGAUUACUGAUUUUACCAGCGUUUUUAGCUGGGCCCAUUUUUGCGCAGGGCCUUUGGUGCCAAAACUUAGGAAUGGUCAUGUCCCAGUCGCAGACCUGAGCUCUUACCAGCAUUCGGAGCCACGUCUCAGACAAACUUCCCUGAGCCUUUUCCACAGGGGGCUUAGCGACAGCGAGACAGUGAACUUGUGAGAGUCGUAAGAGAGUGGUGCUUUUUGUACUUUUAUCACACCGGUUUAGCUUUUUUUGACUGACCGUCUUGUCUGAAGCCAUCAGAGUUAAGAGCUCCAUCGAAAUCAAUCACACAGGGAUUUCUCUAUGAUAGUGUUUAACAAACUAUACGGUGGACAAGUGCACUUAUAUUUAGAAAGAGGAAAAUGUCGUUUCUAAAGUUUCGUUUCCCCAGAUUGAAGGUUUGGAGGGAGCUCAACAAAGUCAAGAGAUCUGGUUCAGACAUUCCUGCGUUAAGGCCAAAUCACAAUUAUAUAUGUAUCACUAGAUGGGAAAAAGGGUUACAUUUCCUUUUUCCAAAAACACAUGGCAGCAUUAUUAGAAACUGUGCCUGAGCCCCAAACAGUAUUGUCGGGUUAAAAUCGAAAAAGCACUGUUGCGUCUUAUGUAAAAGAAAAUUUAAAAAAAAAACAGAAAAAGAAGAAAAAAGUUAGCCUCACAACACUGUUUGGUCUCAGACUGUAAAAUUGUAUAGCUUGUGGAUGUCAGAUACUGACAUGUAUUCCAGUGUAUGUGUUGUGUAUAUAUAUUAUAUAUAGUUCUAUUAACACAAAUGAUCCUUGCCGCCCUGGAAGUCAACCUUUUUAAAAAUGUUGCUGGCAAUGCCCUCCGCCAAUACACCAGCUUGUACACACACAUAAACACACACACACACAUACACACAUACAUACACACACUCGUCUCAUUCUGGGAGGACUGUCCACAUGCCGCUCACGUUUGUAAAUACACUGUACAUAGUCUCAGACUUUUUAUGACAGAUCUGUGUUGUUGUGCUAGUAAUACUUUCCAAGCUUACUGUGGACUUUAGUGAUAAAUGGCUAAAGUUAGUAUGUAUAUGAAAAAGAAAAAUGCAAGACCAUUUAUUACAGUUUUUACCAAAGGGAGUUGAUUAUAAAAAAAAAAAAAAUAGCUGUUUUCCCCCCUUUGUGUGUUCCUUUAUGUCUUUUCUUUUUAAUUUCUGUAGUAAAAAAAAAUGUGGAAAAGUAGAAAUGUAUCCAGGUCUUUCAGUUUUUAUAUAUGAAAAAUAACUUUUUUUUUUUUUUUUCUUCUGAAUGUGACAUUUGGUUGGUAAAAAUCACUGCCCCCCCCUCCCUCCCUUUCCUUCCCCCCCUUUUUGACAUCCAACACCGUCCGUGGUGCUGGUGGGACUCAUUUCAGUCUUCAGAUGAAUGGACUCCACAACGGUCUCACCUUGUGAUGUACGCUUCCCUCCCUGGAUAGAUUUCUGCUGCAAACAUCACCCCCACACCAUAUUUUUGAUAAUGGAAGAAGUCACACGAGCAUGUCUUUAGUCCCUUUAUUUAGACAUUAUUUAAAGUAAUAAUAAAAAUGACAUUUGUAGCCUACGUA